GUCAGACGGGACACGUUCCUCAUGGUGCAGAAAGGCCAGGAGGAUGCGUUGCACUGCCUGGAGGAGGCCACCAGGGGGCGGCUGCAGCACAUGGAGUCGUGGCUGCUCAGACUGGGAAGUCUAUCCUGUCUUGUUGGACACAUGAUCUGCCAGAACCUGAUGUCCAUCCUGCAGCUGAACGUCAGCACCUUUGUGUGUGGUGUGAUCCAGAUGAGGACCAUGACUGGGCGACCUCUCCUGCACGUCAGCCUGGAGUACGGAGAAGAUGGAGACCUGCGCCUCAACCCAUCAGCCGUUCGGAUACAACAGAGGGUAGACCGGAUGGUGGACGCUGCGCUGAACUCUGUGCUGAAGGUGAUCGACUCCAGUGAUUGGGAUCCCUCCUCACAGUCGGCCAUGACGCCUCAUCCUACAGAACAUGGGUCUCCUGUUUAUUCGGUCCUCGGGGAGCAGAGUCUCCGUCAGGUCCUCCCCGCUCCGGUUUUACCACCAGGUAAAUGCAAGGAAAUUCUGAUGCCUGGAGGACUGAGAGUCGAUGGGCACCAGCAGUGGGCGCACUACCUUCCAUUGAACAUAAAGUCCCUGAAAGACAUGCUGCACCAUGACCGCUCCAUCCAGGAGGAGCAGAGGAGGCUACAGAAACUGCUCCAGGACUCUCUCUCGGAGGUACAGGCCUUCUGUGAGGACCAGGCCUGGCUGUCUGAUGUCCACCGCUAUGUCCAGUCCUGGUCUCCUCAUGUUCUGGAGAAGCUUCGGGGAAGUCCUGCCCGGGACUAUGAAGAUCUGAUCCUUAAAGUUCAGCUCUGGGAGCAGAGAGUCCACAGCCUGAAGGAUCAUGUGACCACUGCCAUGGUGGAGGUCGGCUGCGGGCCCAUCCACACACAGACUGGUCCGGGUCUGGCUGCCAUCUUACAGGACAUCCUCGUCCUCCUGACCUCAGAGGUGGCUGACACGUCUCGCUCUCUCGUCCUCGAGCUGUCUCUGGCUCUGGAGAUCUUCAGAGGAGUCUCAGCAGAGAUUUCUUCAUUUUCCAAGUGUGCGGACAAGGUUGCAGAGUAUAAAAUGAAAAAACAUGAAUUGGAGGAGCGAGUGGAACAUGUCCGCUCCCUCCAUGAGGUCAUCCGCAUGAACUACCGGCAGCAAACUGCUGAAGAGCAGAAAGUGAACUCCAAGUUGACAGAGACCUGGGACACGUUCCAGCAUUUCCUGAAGGUUUCGGCAGAGUUCCUGAGCAGUCACCUCUCAUCCAUGUCCGGCAGUUUGGAGAACUCGUACCGGGUCACCUAUAAGGAGGCAGAAGAUCUGAUUGUAGCGUCCACUGCGGCUCCGUACCGAGAUCCCAGCCAGAAUGUGGCCCUAAUGCUGAGGGACCUGGGGGCCCUGCACCACAAGCUCAGCUCCUGCCUGUCUCAGCUGCGAGACCUCAGUCACUCACGUCAGAUCUUAUACGGUAAAGGCUUUGACUUCUCGGUGGUCUCGGUCGGGAUGCAGAUGGUUCAGGCGCGGCAGGAAUCCUGGAAACUGAUGUCCAGAUGCAGAGAACAAAUAUCAGCCUGGAAGCUGAGACCCCUCAUAAAGGUGAACAUUGGGAGGAUGAGAGAGAAGCUGCAGCUGUUGGAGCAGAGUCUUGGGGGUCUGACCCAGAUCCUUCCGGGAGGGGACCCCCUCCUACAGAGUGUUCAGGAUUGUCUUCAGGACUUUACUCGGCACCUUCCCCUUCUCCAGUCCCUGCUGGACCCCGCGGUCACACACAGGCACUGGGCGGCCAUCUUUGCAGUGAUAGGGAAGAACUAUGGGGGUCCGGAGACCCUGACCCUGAUGGAGCUGCUGUCCGGUCCACUGCUGAGAGAGGAGGAGCAAAUCCACAAGAUCUUGCUCCAGGCUCGUGCAGAGUUCUCUGUCCAUCAGGACUUUGGGAAGAUUCAGAGGUUCUGGCAGGAGAGAGAAUUCCAUCUGGUCAGAUUCUUCCUCUGUGUCUCCAGAGAGGAUCCUCCUCCAGACCCAGCCAGGAGACCAACCAGUGGCAAAUUCAGAAAGCUCGCCAAAGGCUGCAGCACCCAGGACACGGGCACCUUCCUUCUGGCCGACACGCGCUCUCUCUGCAGUCUCAUUGAGGACAGUCUGCUGUCUCUUCACACCAUCAGGAGCUCUAACUAUUCAGCCGGUCAACGGGACGAAAUCUUAGGAUGGAUCCAAAAACUCCGGAAUCUCGGACGAGUUCUUAAUCUUUUGGUCACAUUUCAGGGGAAAUGGGUUUUCCUGACUAAGGUUGAGAGUGAGAUGGACGUGUGUCUGCCCGGGCCGGAGAUGGUAACAGAGUUUCAGUCCCUUGACUUGAGUUUCCGCUCCUUUCUGGAAGUAACCAAGCACGAUCCUCUGGUGUUGUCCAUCCUGAAUCCCAGCAGGAGGCGAGACUGGAAUUUCUAUGGGGAUUCUCUGUGUUCUGCCCUUCAGAGGGGUAUCAGGGUCAUGGAGGACAUCAUACUGACUCUGGGAGACGUGCUGGACUCUGCCCGCUGUGACUUCCCACGACUCUUCUUUCUCAGUGAUGAGGAUGUGAUGGACGUCCUUGCUGCUUCUACGGAGCCCUCUGACCGCCUGCCCUGCGCUCUUCUUUGCUUCCCAUACUGUACAGAUGUCCUAUUCCGCAUCCAGUCCCCCAAAUCCUCAGACUUCCCACUUAUCGGCAGCCAUGUUACUGUAGGUGUGAGGGGGAAUUAUGGAGACACCCUUUACUUCAGCAGUCCCAUCACAUGGAGUCCGAGGGUAGUCUCUUGGCUGAUAGAACUGGAGUGGGCAGUCAGGCAGAGUCUUAAAGAACAGCUUUCCAUAUGUCUGACUGAAGGGAGGCAAAGCUGCCUCCACCGCUCUGCUCGCCAUGAGGACUUAAGACGAUGGUUGGAACGCGGGAUGUCCCAUCACCUGCAAUGCUUGAUGGUUACUGAGGAGGUGGUGUGGUGUGAAGAUGUGGAGAGGCUGAUCCUUACUGACCAGAGGGCACAACUUAGAGACUGGCACAACCUAAAGGUAGACAUCUUGGUACAGCGACUAAGACAAGUAGAGAGCAGAAGACCAGAGCAUGGCCAGUCUAUCCUCCAGGAGCGGGCUUUUCUAUUUAAGUGGAUCAGCCAGGCCGUCCUGCAGCGGAACAGGACAUCGGACCUGCUAAAUACAGGAAUACAGACUCUGGACUCCUUCUCCUGGGCCAAGCUGAUGAAGUACAGGGCACCUGCACAUGCAGCCGACACGCUAGAGAAUGCCAAGGACUUGUCCCCUGCCGAGGAGCCUGUGCUGCCCUCAUCUCCGCUGUGCUUUGUUGAUGUGUUGGGGCAUGUAUUACCAUAUGGACACGAGUAUGUUGGGUUAGACAUGAAGUCUAUGGACUCUGCCAUCUCUGAAAGAACUUCUCUGGGUUUAAUACUGACCCUUGGGCGUUACCAGUGCGGGGCUGUGAUCGGCCAGGAUGAAGGCCUUAGGACCCAGACCCUGUUGGCACUUGGCAGGGCUCUUGGCCGUCAGGUUGUGGUCCUGAAGUGCUGGUCUGGGCUGAAUGUGGGCCGUCUCACUCUACACCUGAAGGGGGCACUACAGUGCGGUGCAUGGCUAGUACUGGACCAUGCUGACAGACUGAACACUGGUGUCCUGGCAUCACUAGGGCAGCUGCUGGGAGAGGUCCAGGCCUCCUAUGAAGCUUUGAUGAAGUCCACGGAAUUUCAUAUAGAGAAAAGAUCAGAGCUAGUAGGAGAGAUCCAGAUGGAGGGAAGGACAUUGGUGGUCAGGAGACAUUAUGGCUGCUUUAUGACCCUUCCUCACAUGGAUUCUUCACUCGCCCUCCCAUGUUCCCUCCGACUUCUUCUCAGACCCGUGUCCUUCUGCCCUCCUGACCUGUGUUACACGGCAGAACUCGCUCUUCUUUCUGCAGGUUUUCAAGAACCUUUUCAUUUGGCCAAGAAAUUAUCCUCCUUCCUCCAUCUAGCCCGGGAGUCGGGAGCUGUUUCUGCAGCCAGUGCUCUUCCUCUACUGAGGAACAUCAUCCAGAAGGCCAUUGUCUUAUUGAGGUCAGACGGCAAGGCCAUUAGAUGGCCCAUGGACCCCGACCAGUGCCAACCCCCACAGAGCUCCAUGAUGGAGGAGACCAGCCUGGUGACUGCUCUCCUGACCUCGUCCCUGUGGUCUGGUCAUUCAGGUCCUGAGGACAGUCAUCUGACUGACCUCCUGAGAGGGGUCUUUCCAGCCUCCAUAUCUCCUCUGCCCCGUAGUCUGGGUGCGGUUCUCCUGUCCGGUGCCGUUCAACUUCACCUUCAUGAGUCCGGUCUGGAGGGUCACACAGAACUCAGUAAUAAUGUUAUGUGGCUUUUUCAAGCAUUACAACAAAGUUCAGGGGUUCUCCUGACGGGUCCCUCCGGUGGUGGAAAAACAACGUGCUGGAGGGCUCUACAGCAGGCACUGAACCAUCUGGCUGCCAAUGAAGUGGGUACAAACCCUGAGGUCACCACCAGCCCAGUAUACCGCCCUGUGCACAGUGUCCAUCUCUUCCCCAACAGUCUGAGUCGCGCUGAACUCCUUGGACUCGGUCCAGACGGUGACUCUGUGUUCUCCCGAAUGCUUCACCAAACAGAGUCUACGGUCCAGAAAUGGAUAAUCCUGGAUGGGUCAGCGGCCCUCUCCUGGCUAGAGCCCAUUUCUUGCCUAUUUGGCCCACAGUCGGCCUUGACGUUGCCCGGUGGUCAGCAGCUUCAUCUUUCCGAGGGGAAUAAGUUGCUGUUUGAGAUGCCGGACACUUCUUCUCUUAGUCCGGCCAUGUCCACACUGUGCAGCUUUGUGUACUGCGGGGGCCAGGAAACCUGGAGGGCAAUUGUGAAGGCCUUCCUAUCCAGCAUGUACAUAAGGUAUCACAUUACAAGAAGCACGCAGCACAAGCUGGAGACACUGAGUGACCACCUGAUACCCAGAACCCUUUGCUUUCUAAAGGAACAUGGCACCUCCGCCCUACAUCCUCACUCUGCAACACCCUCACCUAGGGCCUGUGGGGCCCACCAAGUCUCCUCCUUCUGCUCCAUCCUACAGUCUCUUAUGGACCAACAUCUGCUCCGUAAUCAGUCCCAUCGGGCCCCAGAGCAGGCAGAACUUAUAGCAGAGGGGCCACAGACCACAACUCCUGGAUCUGAAGAUGGAACUCCUUCUUCUACAGAUGUAUUAACGCUCCAGGAUCAGUGCGUCCCCCCUGACAACCAUCGGCAGGCACAGACCUUCUUCCUGUACGCCUUCACCUGGGCAUUUGGUGGUCCCCUCCAUCCCAGACAUAGCUCUGAAUUUGAUGUCUUUCUGAGGAAAUCUCUUGUAGAUUGUGUCCUACAAGUGGGAAUUCCACAAGAUGUCUCUGUGUUUGAUGUGACGCCGACACCUGAUGGUCUGGGCCUUACUGCAAAUCCUGGAGCCAGCCAGACCCAGGGUGACGGACUCCUCUAUGCUGCUCGAUGUCUGGCCCUGUCGGGACGCCCUUUAUUGUUGGUAGGGGCUCCUGGUAGUGGUAAGACCACCCUGGCCCAAUCAUUGGUCCCUGCUGGAGCAACCACCACCCGCAUUCCGUUUAAUUCAAUGCUAAAAGCCACAUGUCUGCAACAAGUCCUGAAAACCCAUCAGGAUGCUCCGGUCCCCAUCGAGCCGACCAGAGUCCGAGCACCUCGUGGGCGACACCUCUUCAUCCUGGACGAUCUGCACGCGGCCGACUCGGAGAGCGGGGCACAGCCGGCCCUGGAGGUCGUACGUCAUAUAUUGUCCAGCCACACUUCUGGAGCACAGUCCAGCUUCUUGGCCACCACAUCGCCCCCUGAAGACGGUUGUGGAUCACUGUGUCCCAGACUGAGCCGGCUGUUUUGUGUGCUGGUGAUGAGGCCUGCUGGGCCAGAGGUUCUGCUCAGCCUGUUCGGCCCUCGGUUUACCGUUUGGUUAAAGAAGUCAAUACCUGUUCAACAACCCAAAGAGUUUAGUGAGGCCUUGGCUGAGGCUUCCAUUAGCCUUUUCUACCAAGUCACUAAAGCUCUUCCCUCUAAAUACUGCUUUUCCCUUCACCACCUGCACCGUAUGCUCCAGAGCAUGACCUUUCUGUGCCCAUCUCCUGGAGCCCAUCUGCCAGCGAUGCCCAUUUCCAGUAUGUCAGCAGCAGAUCUCACCAGAUGUGGCAUCGUUCGGCUGUGGUUGCAUGAGGUGUUUCGUACAUUUGGAGAUGGUCUGGAGACUCAUGAGGAGAAUGCAGUGUUCAGGGAUCUCCUACGAAGUUGUGUUAUGAGGACAUUCAGCCGCCAUCAUACAUUGGAGAACACAUCAGAUGGCGCUGGGACCAUAGAACAACCACCAAGCAAUGGAGAAGGAAGGCCGGAAAACGAAGGCCAGACAAUCGGGGCAGAGAUGGAGACCAUUAUGAUCACCAACCAAGAUGCAAGAACAGAACCAGACGUCAAAUCCUGUGAUCAAAGUCCCAAGAAGUUCCCUCUUCCCCCGGAGCUGCUGUUGGGUGACAUUGAUCUCCAGCACUUAAGCUUCCUCCAUGAUUACAGCCAUGGGUCACAUGUGAGAUCGGACUCUUAUAGAGAGAAACCCAGUAAAGCUCUAACCAUGGUUCAGACCCAUCACAACCUGACCCUGAGUCCGGAGGAUUGCGACCAUCUUGCCCAUCUGACUCGAAUUCUCCAUCUACCAAAGGGGCACAUAGUAUUACGGUCGCAACAUCCCGGAACCGGGAGGAGAAGUCUGGCACGACUGGCUGCCCAGCUGACCCAGUGUACCCUACUGGAGCUCAGAGGUGAGGAGACCGCAGAGGAACGUCAUGCUAUAAUCCGGGAGGCCUGCUGGAUGGCCGGAGUACAAGGGUCUUCAGCAGCUCUUCUGAUUGGAGAGGGAACCCCACAGCAAGAACUGGAAGCACUGAUCUGUGAGGGAACAUUUCCAGGACUUCACACUUCAGAGCAAGAGGAGGCCAUACUACAGACCAUGCUACAGAUCAAUGAGAAGAGCUCCUAUAAGAGUGCCAGCAAGAAGUCCCUGAGAGAGAGGUACAAUAUGCAGGUACGCAAUAACCUUCAUAUUAUAUCCCUUCUGAGGAUCGGGGCCCCUGACCUCCGGCGUGUCACCUUCACAGACCUGUAUCAUCCGUGGAGCAUCACGUCUCUCCAGCAGGUUGCAGAGAACUUUCUGGACCGGUCCUCAAUUCGUGGUCCUCAACCCUCCAGUAUAUCCAGAGUAAUGUCCUUCAUCCAUCUCUUGGCCCAGAGUUAUUGUCACCGGCUGUGGCCCCGGCUCCCUCUCACCUCACCUGGGGCCUUCAUCAGCUUCAUCCAGAUUUACCUGAAAGUCUCCUCAGAACUGCAGGACUCCAUAGACCAGGAGGAGGAGAGGCUCCGGCGCGCAGUGUCCCGGGUGGAGCGGAUCCAUGAUGUGCGACAACAUUACACAAAGGAGAUGGAGGAAAACUCCCAACAUCUCCAGGAGGUGGAGCAGAAGAAGAAUCAGUGGAUAAAAGAAUUUGAGAAUCUGGAGGAAGAAGAGAAACGAGUGAAGGAGGAGAGUGAGGAGCUGGAGGCGGCUAAGGAGAAAGUGAGGGCCCAAGUGUGCAAACUGCAGGGCCACAGGGGGCGCCAGCUGGAGGAGGCUCGUCUCCAGUGGGCUGCUGUCCAGAAAGACUUGACAAUUUUGGACGUGGAGGAAAUCCGGAGCUACCGCGCCCCGCCGCCUCCCGUCAUCAUGGUCACCGACGUCCUCUGUAAGGUGUUUGGAAAAGAAUCUGGAUGGGAAAAUGCCAAACUGCUCAUCGGUCAAGAGAACUUCUAUCAGGACUUGCAGUUCUAUGAUGGGCACAAGAUGUCUGACAGUGUAUUUGCCUCCCUGACCAGAGCAGUGCACAGACCUGAGUUCAGUGUCCACCUUGUGAGGCCGGUGAGCAUGGCAGCCGUGUCCCUCUGUCAGUGGCUCUUGGGUCUUCAGAGGUACUGCAGCAUACUCCGUACUCUGGAGAAGGGGAAAGCGCUACUUUAUGAGGUGGAAGCAGAAGACCUACAGAUCGCAAAGAGGAUGGCAGGACAGAGGCUGAGGGAGGCCGAGCUGAGGGCUCUCAAAGCCCAAACCUCACAGAAUCUGCAGGAAGCCCAAGAAACUGAGCAAAAUGUACAGAACCAUCUGCAUGAGCUGAGGAGCAAGCACGCUGCGGCACAAGAAUACGAACGCAGAGCACAACCCCAUCUGACUACAUGGAGGGCAGCUCUGGGGACCCUGCAGGGAUGUCUCCAGUCUCUACAGACAGACGCCAUGCUGGUUUCCGCCUCUAUCACCUACCUUGGUGCUAUACCUUGGCCUCGUUGUACAACCUUGCUGACUAAGUGGUGGUCCGUCUGCCAUGGCCGUGAGGUGCCUAUAGAUCCAGGUGAUGUAAGAGAAGCGUUAGGUGGUGCAGACCAAGACCGGAGUGUUCUGGGUCACUUACUGGAGCUCCUCAGCUCCCCCGCAGAGAGGAUGGCGUGGCUCAAAGAAAGGCUCCCCGUGAACACAGAGACUCUAACACGAGCCAGUCUCCUCCGAGCCAGCGGCUUCUAUUCAGAGAUCAGACCAACCUUGAUCCUGGACCCCGAUGUCAGGGUGGAGAGGUGGCUGCCGGUCCUCAUGCAUGGUCAGCACUCUGUGUGUCUUGUACGUGUCCUCCGUGUCCGUGAUCAGAGAAGUUACUUCUUUCAUUUCUGUGAUGCAGGUAAAGACUCGCCUCAACACCAUGGAGACAAUCACAGACAGAGUCCACGAGAGGGGACCCCAAAACUCUGUGUGAUUGACGGGUCCGAAGUGGAGAUCACCCAAAGACUGUCAUCUGCUGCAGGACAAGGCCUGUGUGUUCUCAUUACAAACGUAGAGAAGAAGCCAUCAUGCCUGGAGACCGUACGUUCCCUACAACAAGGAAGUCCGCUUCAUCCAGUAUCAUCCUCCAGGAGCCAGGACCCCCCAUCUUGCUCUGUACGGACCCCCUUCCAUCUGUUCCUAAGCACCAGCCUCCCUCUCAGCAGCUUUGUGAAGGAGGUGGGGGCGUCCUUCCUAAAAGAUGUCACCGUGGUGGACCUGAGCCUCGGCUCCUCGGGGCUGGAGGAGGAGCUGCUGCAGGAGGUUGUGUUGCUUAAGGAUUCACGGCUACAAGAAGAGAGAUGGAGUCUGAGCUGGAAUGCUGUGGAACUGAAGAAGGAGCUAUGGGGCACUCAGGACCGGUUACUGGAUUACGUCUCGUCAGGAUCGAGCCCUCUGGUUGAGGAUCAAGAUUUCCUGCAGGAGGUGACCUCUUGUGAGGAGGCCCAGGCCUCCCUGAGGUCAUCCCUGCUGGAUGUAGAAGCUUUACAACAACGGAUACAAGAAGACAUCACCCCUUACAUGUCGGCGUCGCGGGGCUGCUUUCACCUUUAUUCUAGGCUGCAGGAAGUGUCGCGGUUAUCCCCGCACUAUCACUUUCCCGCUUCCUCGGUCUUGUGCUGGGCUCUCUGCGCUCUUCGUAGUCAGAUACAGAGUAGACAGGAUCUGGAGAAGGUCCUGACCAAUGGGAUCCUCACACGUGUCCUUCCCAUGAUGGCUGAGGAGCACAGACAUGUCCUACACGUGCUGCUGGCGGUGGGGGCGCCGUCUCCUCUGGAGUGGUUCUCCUUCCUGGGACUGAAGUCAUUUCUGGAGGCCUCGUCCUCCUGUAUCCAGAGGCCGCAGUGGGUGGACACUCAGGCCUGGGAAGAGUUAGGACGGCUGGAGAAGAUCUCUUCCUUCCAGGGCAUCCGCUCCUCCCUGAGCGCGAAGACACAGCAGUGGCGGGAAUACUUCGGCCUCCGCUCCACCGUGAUCGGGCCCGUCCCCUGCUCCACCUUCUCUCACCUCACACUCUUCCAGGUGGCCAUUUUGUGGCGGAUCCUGAAGCCUGAAUGCCUGGGCCUGGUCCUAUCUCACCUCACCUCCUGCAUCCUGGGGCCAGAAGCCAAGGGUGAGGAGGGGGCAGAUAUCGUGGACAGGGCCGAUCCCCGGACACCGCUCCUCUUCGUCCUUCCUCUAGAUUCACCACUUCUUCCCAUUGAUUUCAUCCGGCUCAUGGCUAAGAAGAGGGGCAAGAAGGUGAGGAUUUUGUCCUGGAGAGAGACUCCUCCUCCCUGCUCCAUCACAGACGCCCUGCUCACAGCUCGGCAGGAGGGACAAUGGCUUCUGCUGGACCGCCACCCGGGGUUGGUGGAUCUGGUGGAGACCGGAGAAGCAGAUGAGAGGAAUCCCCCCAGACUGUUUGUUGGUGCAACAGAGGAGGCCGUAUACUCUGUGCCUGUUUCCCUUCGCCAUAGCUCCCUUUUGCCCCCCUGUGCUGUCCGCUUGUCCCUCCGGGAUGUUCUUCUUCAGAGUUGUUUAGAUGUGGCGGAGGAUGUGGGGGAGCCGGACCCCCUCACCCUGAGGUUACUGAUCCUCCACAGUAUCCUGCUGCUCAGACAGGAGUACGGCACCUACAUCCAGCGGCGGACAUACUGCUGGAGUAACCAGGAUCUGAGGGACACCCUGCAUGUGACAAGGACAGUGAGAACGCAGUGUCAGGACUGGGACGAGGCUCUGCCCUUCAUCAUAG